UGUCCUGCCCCGAAAAUGCGAGAAAGGCCUAUUGUGUGGUCAUGUUUUCACAGACGGUAUGUCCGACCACCAGAUCCCUCAGAGGAGGAUGAAGAUGACGAGGAACUUUACAAGAUCCAGACCAAUGGUGUCAGCGAUGAUGAUGGUGAGGAUAAUGGUAUGAGGCCAGGACCCUUUAAGAGAGAUGACUGUUGUGAUGGUGGCCAAUGGGAUGGCCAAGUGGACGGCCCUGCUGUGACCCAAACUCAGCCAGAGCAGGCACAAACCCAGGAGUCUGGAAAACAGGCUCAGGCUGAGGGGGCCAGUGGAGAAGUCAGGGCAGGGUGCAGCACAAAGGACAGUGCCUCAGCAUCCUGUAGUGCUGGAGCCAGUGCUGGAGUUCCAACAAACAGCCAGAAGGGUGCAGGCCUUCAGCAGCAGCAGCCAUGUGAGACUGAGGAAGAGGAGGAGAAGGGUGAGUGCCCCCCGCAGACCAACGAGAGGCAGGCCAAGAGGAAGGGCUACCAGGCCAGACGCAGAAAGCUGCUCUUCUCCAUCCACGCUGUCAACUCCAAUGGCACUACGGAGAGAGGCAUGGGAGAGGACGGCAGUGCCUUCUCUUUUAGCUCUCAACCAUAUGUGGCCAUUGACUGGGAUCCUGACAUGAAGAAGAAAUGCUACAAUGAGAAUGAGGCAGAGAAGUAUGUAAAACACCAAAGCAUGGAGGUCCCUCAUCAGCAGACCACAGUGCAGCUGCAGGAGUGCAUAGAGCUCUUCACCACUGUGGAAAUCCUGGAGGAAGAAAACCCCUGGUACUGCCCAAUAUGUAAGAAACACCAACUGGCCACUAAGAAACUGGACCUGUGGUCACUGCCUGAGGUUCUCAUAAUCCACCUGAAACGCUUCUCCUACACCAAGUACUCCAGGGAGAAGUUGGAUAUCAUCGUUGACUUUCCUCUCAGACACCUCGACUUCUCAGGUUGUCUGCUUAGGAAGACUGGUACAAACGGAGAGCCACCCAGCCGAUAUGAUCUAAUAGCAGUUUCCAACCACUACGGCGGACUCCGAGAUGGACAUUACACCAGCUAUGCCCGGAACAAAGACAAUGGACAAUGGUAUUACUUCGAUGACAACAAGGUGACGUAUGCAAGGGAGGAACAAAUUGUGACUAAUGCUGCCUACCUCCUGUUCUACCACCGACAAGACAAGAUUCGUCAGCCCACCUUACCCCCCCCCUCGGACAGCUCCUCCUCUCCCACCCAGCCUGCUAAUUCCCACAAACAUGAUGGGAUGGAGAGAGCCACUUCCUGUGUCAACAUGGAAACAGACUGAAGCAGAUUUUUUUUUUGUAAUCUUUUUUUUCUCCGAGUUGAUGGGGCUUUGAUUCUUUUUUUUUUUGAUUCUUUUUUUUUGAUUUUUGAUUUUCUAUUCCAAAAAUCUUGAACCUUCUGCCUCUCUUCUGCAUUGAACAAGGUGUGAGGAGCGGAGGCUAGAUUCUCAGGCUGGUGCAGAAGCGUGAGAAAUGCAAUUUAUGCUUCUUCUACAUUUUUUUUAAUGAUCUAGUAAAUCUGGGGAGACCAAUGUAAUAGAAGAAUGUUGAUAUCUGGUAUUGCUUAACCACAGACUAAGGUAUAUACCAUCUGUCUAUGCUGAUGCAUAAUGGACCCCUUAGUGUUUAGACAUAAGCAAUUAUAAUUUAGUUGGUUCAAUCAAGACCUAUGAAUUGUGAAUAUCUGUGCACCACUAUUCAUCUCUGCUAUGAUGCAUUGCUGCAAACAUUACCUCAAACUUUGAUUACUGCUGUUGAGCUCAAUUCGAGGAAGAUUUCCCUGAGGCUCUUUGAAUAGAAUUGAAUACAUUUUGCUUUAGAAGGUAAAUCACAACAUCUGAGGCUAAUGACACGGAUAACUAAUUCAGUUUACUCCUGAUUUAAAAAUGAGAUUACAUUCCCCUGUUACUCAAUGUUCUUUAUCAGGGACUGCAUUAACAGAAAGAGAAACAUUGCAAUGUAAUUUAUUUACACUACAUGGCCCAAAGUAUGCUUGUCAAACAACGUAUUCCAAAAUCAUGGACAUUAAUAUGAUUUUGGUCCCCCCUUUGCUGUUAUAACUGCAUCCACUCUUCUGGGAAGGCUUUCCCCUAGAUGUUGGAGCAUUGCUGUGUGGACUUGCUUCCAUUAAGUCACGAGCAUUCGUGAGGACGGGCACUGAUGUUAUGCGAUUAGGCCUGGCUCGCAGUCGGUAUUGCAAUUCAUCAAAGGUAUUCGACGGUUUGAGGUCAGGGCUCUGUGCAGGCCAGUCUAGUUCUUCCACACUGAUCUCAACCAUUUCCCAACCAUUUCUGUAUGGACCUUACUUUGUGCAUGGGGACAUUACCAUGCUGAAACAGGAAAGGGCCUUCUCCAAACUGUUGUCACAAAGUUAGAAGCACAGAAUCGUCUAGGAUGUUGCUGUAGCAUUAAGAUAUCCCUUCACUGGAACUAAGGGGCCUAGCCCGAACGAUGAAAAACAGUCCCAGACCAAAAUUCCUCCCCCACCAAACUUUACAGUUGGCACAAUGCAUUUGGCCAGGUAGCGUUCUCCUGACAUCCGCCAAACCCAGAUUUGUCCUUCGGACUGCCAGUUGGCAUGAUUCUUUACUCCAGAGAACGUGUUUCCACUAGCCCAGAGUCGUCUACUCCAGCCGAAUCUUGGCAUUGCGCAUGGUGAACUAAGGCUUGUGUGCGGCUGCUUGGCCAUGGAAACCCAUUUCAUGAAGCUCCCGACGAACAGUUCUUGUGCUGAUGUUGCUUCCAGAGGUAAUUUGGAACUCGGGAGUGAGUGUUGCAACUGAGGACAGACAAUGUUUACGCUCUACUUGCUUGAACACUUGAUGGUCCUGUUCUGUGAGCUUGUGUGGCCUACCACUUCGCGGCUGCUCUGUUUUAGACAAUUUCCGCUUCACAAUAACAGCACUUACAGUUGACCGUGGCAGCUCCAGCAGGGCAGAAAUUUGACAAACUGACUGGUUGAAAUGGUGGCAUCCCAUGACGGUGCCACGUUGAAAGUCGCAGAGCUUUUCAGUACAGGCCAUUCUACUGCCAAUAUUUACCUAUGGAGAUUGCAUGGUUGUGCUCGAUUUUAUACACCUGUCAGCAACGGGUGUGGCUGAAAUAGCUGAAUCUACUAAUUUGAAGGGGUGUCCACACACUUUUAGCCAUGUAGUGUAGAACAAAGGUAAACAAAAGACCGUAGUAUUCGAAACAAACACUUUGAAUACAGUUGCAGGUGCCAUGGAAUAGCUUUGUAUAUUUUCUCUUGUGAUCCAUUUUUUUAAAUUAUCAGAGCAGGUAUUUGUUUUUACUUCACUUACACGUACACAUUGGGCAUCUCUGCAGAUCUUCCAUUUCUGGUUAAGAUUAUCUUUCCACUAUCAAGAAUGAUUUUGAUCAUCUCUGGUGCAGGACAUUAACAGAUGCAUAUUCUUGGGAUUUAAAAGGAAUUUGUACUCUUAUCUUAGUAAAAGCAUAUAGCUACACAUUUACAAUUUAGGUAUCACAGUUGUAUUAUAGUAUGUGCAAUUUCUUAAUGAAGAGUAAUGAGAAAUACAGCAAAGUGCUUUCUGGAUAGAGCUCUUAAAUUAUUUUUAAAGCCCAACUGUACAGUAUUUUUGUAUUGUAAUGUAUUCUUUGAGCAUCUGGAUCAGAUGCAGGGGAUUGGCGAUUUAUUUACUUUACUUAAUAAUAGAUGGAAUAUUUAUUGUAUAAUCUUUUGUAAUUAAUAAAUUCUGAUGACUAGUCAUGAGGUAGAUUUUUCACUUUUACAUGACAGCCUGGCUUUCCUGAUAUCUUGAAAAAAUUCAGGAUUCAUAAACCCUUGAUCUAAGGUGGCUGUGAGAGCUGGUUAACUCUAGCCCUUCUCUAGAGAUGUACUGCAGUUUAGAUUGGGCUGUGGCCAUAAUCUGAUUCCCAAGGCCUGCUUCGUUUGGGUUCUUUAUUUCCCUGAUAUAGUAAUGUACAGUAUAUAGGAACAUAAUACUGUCAGGAAACCUGUGAAAGGACAAUCUUCAAAUUUGUCACAUUGGUACAGUAUGUUAAAGCACAAUUUUGUAUAGAACACCUUUUGGUUUCUACUGUAAACAGUGAGCUAACAUGCAUGAGGUUAAUACCAACCUGUCUACACAAUUAUCUUGCUCACCAACACCUGUUUGAUCUGAAAUUGCUGUUCACAAUUUAGCAGCCAUUUUGUACAAGGGAGUGACCGGAAUGUUAUAUUUUAGUGUUAACACAUGAUUGGUGAUACUGCUGUAAAUGUCUGGGCUUUUAGUGGGAACAGAGGAAGAACUCUCCAAGGUGGCUUUGUGCUUUUUCUGAACUAUCUGGAAUAGACGACAGGUUGCCAUAACAAACAAAUUCAUUGGUCCUCCCAAACUACUUAACAUCCAGUAUGAUACACAGGGAGCUUAACUCAGAUAUUUUUCCACUAAUUGAUCUUUUGCCAAUAAUUGGGCAAAAUAUCAGAAUUGAGCUGCCUGUCUAAACUCAGACUAACAUCCACAUUUAGGAUGUUAUAGUGCACUGAAUAUUGUACCAACUUUAUUAUAGGAGGAACUUUAUAUAAGGUAAAGUUUUAAUAUUUAUACCCCAAUGAAAAUUGGCAUUUCACACUUGCAUUGUCUUCCUUUCAGUUCAAUGUGGCGUUGACUUAAUGCAGUGAAGUUUCUGCUUUCCAAUGAGUAUGUGAAAUAAAAUAAAGCAAUGA